AUGGCCGCACCGCCGGCUGCGAGCGGCCGGGCAGCACAUGCCCCGCUCCGCCCCUGAGGAUCGCGGUCCCGCCUGCGCGGGGCGGAAUGAGCGGCGCUGACCCGCCGGGAGCGGCUGGAUCGUCGCUGGCCUGCGGGGGCCGCUGCUUCCUCUCCUCCUGCCAACAGUCCUCGAGUGAGUGGCCCGCCCUGCUUCCCGCGUGGGGCAGCGCCGACGGCGGGGAGGCGGCUCGGGGUGAGCGCUGCUCUGAGGGACGAGAGGGGCAGGGGCGGCCCGGGGUGAGCGCUGCUCUGAGGGACGAGAGGGGCAGGGGCGGCCCGGGUUACCUGGCCCACAGCCACCUUUGGUCAUACUCUAAUGUCAACCUUUACAUGAUGGCAGAACCACUUAAUCUUCAACAUAAUGAAGUUGCAGACGCAGAUUUAAGCAACAGGGUCACAGGAAGUUCUAUGGAAGACAAAACUGGUAGAGAGAACUGCAUAGCUGCAGCUGAUAAAGAAAAUACUGUGUCACAUUCUUAUUGGAUUAAUGGGAAGCAAAAGGAAUUGCAAUAUUCCUCUAAGAGAGCUUUUUCUAUUUGCUAUGAUAAGAAUUUCUUGAGUUUGUUAGUACCACCCCCUAAAGGGGGCACUUGCCAUCGUUGUGGUCUGUUUGGAAAGCUCAGAUGCUCACAGUGUCUGCAAACAUACUAUUGCUCUGCAGAUUGUCAGAAAAAAGAUUGGCCAGCACAUAGAGUAGUUUGUGAUCCUCUUAAACAGAAUUUAAGUAAUAGCAAAACCAACACGGGAGUUUAUCUUAAGGAGGAAGUGAGGUUGAGUUUUGCUGUAGAUGUUGGUCUUCCAGAUUCUGAAGACUACCUAAAUAAAGUUCCCUUAGAAAUGAAGUCUCAUUUAACUUCAGGAAGUGAUGCCAAAGUAGACUCUUCAAGAGUAUCAGAAAACCAUUCAAAGGGAAGUGAAAAAAAAAUACCUGAGGAUAAAGACUCUUUUCACUGUGCUAAUUCAAUUACCAAGUUUGUCUCUUUAAGUAUUGGAGAUGAAUUUUCUGGUGUGGUUUCUCACAUUCAAAAUCCAGACACCUUUUUUUGUCAGCGGAUGCAAAGUGCCCGUCAACUUGCUGAGCUUGAAGCAUCUCUUAAUGAAUACUGUGGCAAAAUUCCCAACAAUCCAUCUUUCCGUCCUGCUGCUGGCAAUGUGUGCUGUGCCCAGUUCACAGAAGACAACCUUUGGUAUCGUGCUGCUGUUACAGCUUAUGCUUCUGAAGACACUGUUUUGGUGGACUAUAUGGAUUAUGGUAAUUCUGACUCUCUUCCACUGACCAGACUUCGUCCUAUAAUUCCAAGCUUGAUGGACUUGCCAGCUCAAGCCAUAAGAUGUAGCCUGGCAGGUGUAAAGCCACCAUUAGGAGCAUGGACCUCAGAAGGUAUUUCUUACAUGAAAAAACUGGUGAAAGACAAAGUGUUGACAGUAAAAGUAGUGGAUAAAGAGAGUUCUAAAUCCAUGGUGGAGCUUACAGAUGCCUCGGGUACUCCAGUAAUAAAUGUAUCGAGCCUUCUCGUUGAGGAAGGCUUUGCAGCUGAGGAACUGAGCAUGGCCUUACCAGCAGCCAGAGGGACUGAUGUUGAGCAAGCCAACGAGGACACAACGAAAAAAGGAAUAUACAAGUGGAUUAAAUUAACUCUUAACCAAACACUCAGUGUCAUAGUGUGUACAGUGUACAAUCCUGGAGAAUUCUACUGUCAGAUUUCAAACAGCCAUGAGUUACUUGCUCUAAACUCACUUAACAAAUCCUUGUCUGAAUACUGCCAGAAAACACCACCAGAUCUUCUUGAGCCUGAGAAUGGAGACCCUUGCUGUGCUUUUUACUCUGAGGAUGGUAACUGGUACCGUGCUGUGGUGCAAAAUGUCACUUCAGAUGGAAGUGUUCGAGUGAGCUUUGUGGACUAUGGAAAUACUGAGGACGUACCACGGGAUAAUAUCCGACAGAUCUCAUCCUCGUUCCUGAAACUUCCAUUUCAAGCAAUUAAAUGCUGGCUCUCAGGUAUAAAGCCUGGAAAUAGCAAAUGGAAUCCAGAAGCUACAAGAAGAUUUCAUAUGUACACUUCAGGCUUAGAACUUCAAGCCACAGUAGCUUCCCUUUCUGAAGAUGGGGCAGGUGUAGUCCUUACUGAUAAUUCCACAGACUGUCCAAAAAUUAUCAGUGAGAUACUAACUUCAGAAAAACUGGUUGUAAAGGAAGUUCUACAAGAUAAAAAUAACUUUCCAAACGAGUCUGUUGACCAAAAAGCAACCUCACUGGGGCACUGGAAAUCAAUUGAAUUGGCUGUAGAUGAAACCAUGUCUGUCUGUGUAACUGAAGUUGUAAGCCCAGACUUGUUCUAUGCUGUACCAGUUCCAAAUAAAGGUCAAAAGAAUCUCUUUAAGGAGCUGAUUUCACUGGACAACUAUUGUAGAUCUUGUAACAAACAGCCCUUCCAGCCAAAACUGGGUGAAGCCUGUUGUGCUCAGUUUUCAGGUAAUGGCAAUUGGUACAGAGCUGUUGUUCUGGAAGCUUCCCAGUCUGCAGUGAAAGUUCUGUAUGGAGACUAUGGCAACACAGAAACUUUACCCCUUUCAAAGGUGCUGCCAAUCACUGAUACCUAUUUAAAGCUGCCUUUUCAGACAAUUACAUGUUCACUUGCAGGAAUAGAGAAAGCUGAGUGGUCUCCAUUAGUGCUUGACAAGUUGAAAAAACUAUUAUUGAAGCAACAUGUCACAAUUACAGUGAAAGGGAUUAAUGGAAAUGUUAAUUUAGUAACAGUGGAGAAACACUUGGACAGUGGUUAUGUGAAUGUAGCUGACAAAUUGCUAAAGGAGGGUUUGGUCACAUCCUGCAGUGCUGAAAACUCACAUAGUGAACAUCAAGGUAAUGAAGGUGAGACCAGCUGCUGCUGCAAGGAGUUAAAAGUGCAACUUGAAAAGCAUAAACAAGUCCUACUCUUCCUUUUAAACAAGUUUGGGAAUCCAGAUGGAUUCAGUGAUAUGAAAAAUCUGUUGAAACACUAAGUCUCUGACAUGCACCAUUUCAUUUUCAUGUCCACCAAGUUGCUGCAGUUCCUUUUUUGAAGAUCAAGAGCAUCAGCUUAAAAAAUGAGGGUCACUUUGUAGAAACUUUGUUUAAGUACCAUUUAUCUGUAUGCUUGAUUGUUACUGUGAUGUAACUUAGAGGAUUGCAAAGCUGCAAGCUAAAAUUUCUGUUCUGUUCUUGUUUUAUGCCACCAUGUGCUACUAAAUUUUUUGCUUGUAUUUCGUGGUUGAAUGGACAGAAGUUUAUGGAAUGGCCAUUACAUUGUGAGCCUGUUCUGCAGACUUGCAUUUGAAAUUAUUGUAAUUGUAAGGCUCACUUAACUUUGGUACCAUUUAUAUUACUUGAAAAACUCUGUAUCUUCUUUUGAAUACUCAUCUGUCAACCUAAUUUCUGGUGUCUGAAGUUAGACCACCAUUUGUUCUUCAUAGCCUUGAUUUCAGUAUCAUUAAAGGUUGAAUGUUGUCUUGGACUGUAUACAGCUAAUUCUCUCUAAAAUCACUAAACACUUUAAUGUGCACAGUUCUUUCUUUACACUUAUGCUGUAUAAUAUGCAUCUGUGAAUGUUAUUUUGAAGUGAAUUGUAUUGAAGCUGUUUUUUGUAUAGCUACAUCAUCAGGAUUUCUACCCCAUCAAGUUUUCACAUCAUAAUAAAAAAGACCCAGUCUCGGCUAUGACAAGAAUACUGAAUCAAAUUAUUAAGAGAUUAUCGGUCAUUUCUGAACAAUUCCGGAAUGUCAGAUUAUUUUUUGUGGAGCACAGUGGACAUAUGCUGAUUGAAACUGCAGGGUCAGCCUUUCUGUCCAUUUGCAACACAUACUUCAAGUUUGGGUUUUUGCAGAUUGGAAGAAUCUUGAGAUUAAAAUUAUUGCAAAAUA